UUCGUACGUUUCGUCGGAUCAGUUCGAUACGCGUAACCUACGGAAGUUUUUCGGAAAAAUUGUAUCGCCUAUAAAUCUAUGCAAACUGCGCCAAAAUCGCCAAUAUAAACAUUAAUCAAAAGAUAAACGUGUUUGUCAAGUAAUGAAAUAGAAUGUGAUCAAGUGGAUUAACCAUAAGAGUGAAAAAAUCGAUCGUUUUUUUUGUUUCCGCAGUGCAAUCUGGUAGAGAACGUUUUCACUUUUUUUUUUCCUUUUUCUUCUACUCUUCGCACAACACGUGUGGGUGUAUUCGUAAUCUUCGUAAUAUGGUUGAAUGAAUCCUUCGAAUUCAUCGUGUUUGUUUGUGUUCAUUUUUGGAAACACUGGAGAAGCCCAAGCCGAAAAUAAACGUUCAUCAGGCCAUUAAAGUCAUUAUUACAAUUAAUAACGAGCCAAGAAGAGCAUAACAGGAGAAAAAAAACAAAGAAAAUGGUUUAAUCGUUUUUAAAUACUCAGAUAACUGCAAAGUCAAUGAUAGCGUUUUCGUUUAUAGUACUGGACAAGUGGCACUUUUUCUUAAUAAACAAACAAAAUCGACACCCGAUGCAAAUAUAUGAUUGCUACCCUCGCCCCACACUGGCAACUUUCUAGGGUUGCAACCAUUGCAACCGCUUGCUGGAGGUUCAAAACUCGGGCAAAACUGGUGUACUUUAUAAAUGAAUAUACAAUGACAACAGUUGAGGCAAAACUCUUGGAGAACUAGGUUGGCUUUGCUCAUAAACAAAAAAUGUUACUUCGUUAUUUUGAAGUUAUACGUAACUUAUAUAGGAGCGUUCACCUUUUUACAAUUCAAUAUCCGAUGAGUGAGCUCUAUACAACUAAACAAACACCAACUGUUAUCACAUCACACUCUUUUCGACAGGAAAAAUACCAUCACUCUCAGUUGAGCUGUUAGUUGGAUCGCACGCACGAAAUCACUGCGAGUAGCAUAACUUGAUAUCAUUUGAUCACCGCUUUGAAUCUGGGCAGAGGGCCCAUAGCUUUUUUUGUAUCAGCAAAUCACCAUUGCCCACAACAGUGAUGAGUUUCAGCAGCAUCAGCCUUCCCGGGCUGGGUGAGAUGGAGCAAAUCAUUUGCAGUCUGGAACGUGGCACUUUAAUCCAGAAGUUCUAUCCUCGUCGGAAACCGGAAAAGAAGACUCUUAUGUUACGACGAGAAACGCGACAGAUAACAUGGUCUUCUCCGUCGCAGAACAACCGGGCCAAUUUUGAAGGAGCAUUGGAGUUGCGAGAGGUUAAAGAAAUACGUACCGGAAAAGGUUCGAAAGAUUUCGAGAAAUGGCCAGAGGAAAUAAAAAAGAUCGAGCAACGGAAAUGUUUUGUCGUUUUCUACGGAAACGAAUUCAAGUUGCGGUCACUGUCGGUCGUUGCUUUAUCGGAAAAAGAAUGCGACAUGUGGAUCAAAGGGUUGAGAUACAUGGUAUCGGACACAAUCAACGCACCGUAUUGGCUCCAGGUUGAACGGUGGUUGCGAAAAGAAUUUUAUGCAAUGGAAAAUCCCCGAGAGACUGUAACUCUUAAAGAGGUGAAAUCUUUCCUGCCCAAAGUCAAUUGUAAAAUAACCACAGCCAAGCUGAACGAAACCUUCCACGACGUCGAUUGUCGGCGUCGAAACGAGCUAGGUUUCGACGAUUUUUCUCGUUUAUAUCAAAAACUGAUGACGUCACCUAGCACUAUUCAGGAUUACUUUGACGGAUCGAUGCCUUAUUCUAAAAAUGGACAAACCGUUACCCUGAAGGAGUUUGAAAAAUUUCUCCAUGAUGUACAGAAUGAUCCCAUGGGAAACGAUGAUAAUGCUGUCUCUAAUUUCAUACGAGAGUAUGUUCAAGAUCCUAUUCGAGACGUACAAGAACCUUAUCUGAAAAUACAGGAGUUCAUAGAUUUUUUAUUUUCUCGGCAAAACGAGAUAUGGAAUCGCAGUUUUGAUACCGUGUAUCAGGACAUGAAUCGACCCCUUGCUCACUAUUGGAUAUCGUCGUCGCAUAAUACAUAUCUCACGGGAGAUCAAUUUUCUAGUGAAUCGUCUGUAGAAGCUUACGCUCGGGCUUUGCGCAUGGGUUGCCGCUGCAUCGAGUUGGAUUGUUGGGAUGGGCCAGACAAUAUGCCUCUCAUCUUCCACGGACACACUUUUACUACCAAGAUAAAGUUUAUGGACGUCAUCCGGACGAUCAAGGAGCAUGCCUUCGUAACUUCUGAAUAUCCGGUCAUAUUGUCAAUUGAACAAAAUUGCUCAUUGGCUCAGCAAAGAAAAAUGGCAAAUGCAAUGGUAGAUGUAUUUGGCGAUAUGUUAUUAACCCAGCAAGUUGAAAAGAAUGAAGUACAAUUGCCAUCGCCUUAUCAGUUGAGAAAAAAGAUCAUUUUGAAGCACAAAAAAUUACCGGAAAACGGAGGGAAGUUAGACGAAGGUGUGAUUCCAAACGACGGAGCUCUUAUACGGUCCGAUGACAACGAACUGGACAUAAGGAAUACCGUUAAAAAUGGUAUCCUUUUUCUAGAGGACCCCGUGGAUAAAAUAUGGAAUCCUCAUUUUUUUGUAUUGACCCAGCACAAACUGUUCUAUACAGAUAGCCAACGUUCCGAACGGGAAGAUGUUCGUGAUGAUGAAUUCGAAAAUACCUUUCCUAAAACGAAAGAAAGUGUUACCAAUGACGAACUACACUUUGGGGAAAAUUGGUUCCAUGGGAAGCUCUCUGGGGGGAGAGAGGAAGCGGAAAAAUUGCUGCGCCAGUACGCUCAUCUUGGUGAUGGGACAUUUCUCGUGCGUGAGAGUGUCACUUUCGUUGGGGACUACUGUUUGUCCUUUUGGCGCCAAGGAAAACCAAAUCAUUGCAGAAUCAAACUGAAACAGGAUAAAGGUGUUACAAAGUUUUACUUGAUGGAAAACAAUUUGUUUGACAGUCUAUACAGUUUAAUCAUUCACUACAGACAAAAUCCUUUGAGGAGCUCGGAAUUUUAUAUAACGCUUAAAGAACCUGUCCCUCAGCCGAAUAAACACGAAAGCAAAGAAUGGUAUCAUCAUAAUACAACUCGUGAGCAGUCAGAGAUAAUUUUACACCAGAUGCAACAUGAUGGUGCCUUUUUAGUAAGGCCUAGUGAUAAAGGGCCAAAUGCGUUCGUUAUUUCGUUCAGGGCACACAAAAAGAUAAAACACUGCCGCAUAAAAGUGGAAGGCAGAUUGUAUGGCGUUGGUGGAAUGGAUUUCGAGAGCUUAAUAGAUCUGGUAAAUUUUUAUAUGAAGCAUCCGUUGUACAAAAAAGUGAAACUCACCCAUCCCAUACCAAAAGAUAUGCUUAAGAGAAUAAACACAAUGAACGGUCCUGAAGACAACGGAGCAUACAGUUAUAUGGAUCCGUCAGCUAUGAAUGAAAAACUCACCGUGAAGGCUCUCUUUGAUUACAAAGCGCAACGAGAUGAUGAGCUCUCGUUUUGUAAGCAUGCAAUAAUCACAAACGUCGACAAGAAAAAUAAUGAGCUUUGGUGGACCGGAGAUUAUGGUGGUAAAAAGCAGCAUUACUUUCCAGCGAAUUACGUACAAGAAAUCAGUACGUCUGACGGCAAUAGCGAUGACAGUGGAAGUGAGUCACACAUGUUAGGUAGCCUUCAGAAAGGUUCCUUGGAUGUACAUGGUGCAGUAGUGGAACUGUGCUACGGACCACAUCCAGAGUUGGAACGUAUCCUCCGUAUUCAAAAUCCUUCAAUGCAAAAUGUUUUUGAAAUAGGGGUACAAACUAAAGAACAAGCUAUUGAAUGGAUGAUUUCAAUUAAGGAAACUGCCCAAAAUGCUAGUGCUCUGGAAGACGAACGUCGACGGAUGGAACGGAACUCUAGAGUAGCGAAAGAGAUGUCCGACAUAAUAGUAUACUGUAGAAGUGUACCUUUUAAAAACACAGGUUGGGUGUUUUAUGAAAUGUCUAGUUUUCCAGAAACGAAAGCGGAAAAAUAUUUUCUGCAGCAGGAAAUGAAAAUGUUUGUCCGAUAUCACCGCAACCAAAUAAGUAGAGUGUAUCCAAAAGGGCAAAGACUGGACUCUUCAAAUUAUCACCCCGUAGCGUUGUGGAACACGGGAUCUCAAAUGAUCGCUCUCAACUAUCAAACACCUGAUAAACCAAUGCAAUUGAAUCAAGCCAAAUUCCGCGACAACGGAGCUUGUGGCUACAUUUUAAAACCAGAUUUUAUGUUCCGAGACGAGUUUGAUCCGAAUGAUCCAAACACUUUGAUUGGUGUUGAUGAAAAAAUCAUAAAUAUACGUGUUAUCGGAGCUAGGCAUCUCUGCAAAGGGGGGAGGAACAUCGCCAGUCCACUUGUAGAAAUUGAAUUGCUUGGAGCCCAAUUUGAUGCUGGCAUCAAACACAGAACACGAGCUGUAGCUGACAAUGGUUUCAACCCAAUUUGGAACGAAAUAUGUGAAUUUAGAGUUAUAAACCCUUAUUUUGCAAUGCUCCGUUUUGAGGUGCAAGAUGAAGAUAUGUUCGGCGAGCCGAAUUUUAUUGGUCAAGCAGUGUACCCAAUCAAUUGUCUACGUACCGGUUACAGAAGCGUUCUGCUGAAAAAUAAAUAUAGUGAAGAGCUGGAACUAGCCACUCUCCUUGUUAACAUAAGUAUUCGCACUGAACAGAACGGAAACAGUCGUUCUAAUAAUCAUUUCAGUUAGCUGUAAGUCUACAAAAGUAGUCAAUUUUGAAGACUAAGUUUUUAUCACUAGUCGAAUCUUUCGGAUAACUUUAGAUAUCUAUCCCAUAAUGGAGGACUUCUACAACAAAGUAUUAUUUAUUUGAAACUAGAGUAAAGAUGGAAUGCAUUUGAAACGCAACAACCAGCAAACAUAAACCUGAAGUUUAUAAGUGCCUAAUUAACAUAAGUAUCAAUCUUAAUGAUCAGGUGUGUUGAAUGUUUAGUGAAAAUAGGGUGAGUGUUAAAGAUUUUUCUAUAUACUGUAGUUGAGUAUUUGUUGUUAGGUGUUUGUUUUAUCAUUGUUGAUUUAUGACAAACUCUGGAAAAAGUGAAAAACAUAUUUAUUAUAUUAAUCCUUUCUACUUGGAA